AUGGCCGCAGACGCAACAUCCAUCCCUGCGCCCCUCGCUGAGCCCUCGUGGCUUCGAGGCCUGCCCUCUCCCUACUUCAAAGACACGCAUCGCAAAUUCCACGUCGCCUGUCGCAAGUUCAUCCAGGAGCAUCUCCAUCGCCACGCUCUGGAAUGGGAAACCGCCGAGGACGUCCCCCCUCAUGUCUUUGACCAGUUCGCCUCCGCCAAGUUCCUCCUCCCAGCUCUGCCUGCUCCCUUGCCUGCGCAGUGGCUGAAGAAGCUGGAUAUCACUCAUUUGCCCGGAGACGUCCCUGUGGAGGAGUUCGAUGCCCUUCACGGCUAUGUCUAUGCGGAUGAGAUGAGCCGCGCCGGUCUAGCUGGUCCAGCUGGCGCCCUCACCACCGGCAUCGCGUUUGGCGUACCUCCCUUGCUGCACUAUGCCGAUCCACAGCUCCAAGAGCGGUUUCUGCCCGAUCUGCUCCUGGGCCGCAAGCGAUCGUGUAUUGCCAUUACUGAGCCCGAAGCUGGCUCUGAUGUCGCCAACAUCACCACCACAGCCGAGCUCACCCCUGACGGCAAGCACUAUGUCAUCAACGGCUCCAAGAAGUGGAUCACAAACGCCUUCUGGGCCGACGUUGCCACCAUGGCUGUCCGCACGGGCGGUGAGGGGUCCGGCCCCGCCGGCAUCUCCCUCCUCGUCGUGCCCCUCAAGGAUCAGCCCGGCGUCAGCCGCCGCCGUCUCAAGGUCGCCGGCCAGGUCUCGGCCGGCACGACCUACAUUGAGCUCGACGACGUCAAGGUGCCUCGCGAGAACCUCAUCGGCGUCGAGGGCCACGGCAUGAAGUACAUCAUGAACAACUUCAACCACGAGCGCCUGUUCAUCUCCGUCGGCGUGACAAGGCAAUCCCGCGUCGCCCUCGCCUCGGCGUUUGCCUACUGCAUGAAACGCGAGGCGUUCGGCAAGACGCUGAUCGAGCAGCCCGUCGUGAGACACCGACUCGCCAAGUGCGCCGCCCUGCUCGAGGCCCAGCAGGCCUGGGUCGAGAGCUUUGUUUACCAGCUCGCUCACUUGACCAAGACGGAGGCGGACGCUCAGCUCGGCGGUCUGACGGCCCUAUGCAAGGCAAAUGCAGGCAUCGUGUUUGAUGAAUGUGCUCGAUGUGCCGUCCUCCUCUUUGGCGGCAACGGCUACACACGAUCAGGACAGGGCGAGCUUGUCGAGAAGAUCUAUCGCGAUGUUCCUGGAGCCAGAAUCCCCGGAGGCAGUGAGGAUGUCAUGUUUGACUUGGCAGUCAGGCAAUUGGUCAAGACGUUCAGGGCUGGAAAGGCAUCACCGCCCAAGUUGUAA